CGAAACCGAAGUGAAGCCGUGUAAGAGAGACAACAAGCAAACAAUUAAAAAAAAAAAAAAAAAAAUCAAAACUCCUGUUCCUCUCAAUUACUCAACCACUCAUCGUCCUCUGCGUUCGAUUCCGAUCUUCUGGUUAAUGCCUGGAAGUCACGGGGAGAUUACGUUGGUUGAACAGAACAGAGUCGUUACCGACAACAAAAAGACAAAGAAGAAGAAAGAUGGUGUUGAGAACGGGAAUCAAUUAGUAACAAAACCCAAGAAGGGAUUUACAGAGAGGUUCAGAAAGAAACAGAAAUCAAGUUCUGGGGAGUGUAAAGGAGGAUGCUUUUCUGUGAUGAGACAUCGCAGAACAGAGGAGGAGGAAGAGGAGGAGGGUUCUCCUUCUUCUUCUGAUCCUAAAAUUCCUAAUGAUGAAUGUUUCAGUCAUGAGAUGAUGCGUGUUAUGUUGGAGAAGAAUGAUUUCUUCUCUGAUGAGUGUAAUCCACAUCGAUGAUUUUUUUUUGUGUAAGUUUGUUUGAUGAUCAUUGGUGGUGGGGAAUUAUUCUUUUUAAAUUUGUUGUUGCUCAAUCUGUAUAGAACUUAUUUCUUCAUCUGGUUUAAGUCCAAUCAAUGCUUUUAUGAGUGUUUUUUUUUAUGUUAUAGACCAAUGAUGUGUUAUAGCAGAGUAUGUUGUAUGUAUGAUUGAUUCUGUGAGGUUAUACAGUUUUCAUUGAAUUGACUAAUCUUAGGAGAUCAUUCCCU